GCGCAUGCUCACUGCAUCCUCACCUCCAUCCGCACGUCGAGGGACUUGAAAGCUUGAAGAAAGAUGCUCAACGUCUCGGGUCGCUGGAGCCUUGUCACCGGGUGAAACUGAGUUAUCUAGAGGGGAGGCACACACAGUGUUAGAUUUAUCAGACGAGACUCGUUUAUAUCCUGGUUUAUGCGCGCGUGCACCGACAUGGAACUGAAGAAAUCUAUUUCGGACACCGAGCGCGCGCUCAGGAGCUACGGCGCCGUGUCGGAAACGGCAUGGACAACGGACAAAGGUCACUCAGAUGUGUCGAUGGCAGAGAGCACCAUGGCUCCAGAGGAGAUUGAGGUGGAGAUGGCACGUAUCCAGCGCUUGCGAGAAGUCCUGGUACGCCGGGAGUCCGAGCUGCGUUUCAUGAUGGAUGACAUCCAGCUCUGCAAAGACAUCAUGAGUUUAAAGCAGGAGCUGAGACAGAUUGUCGCAGUACCAGAGAAAGAAAAAACCAAGAAGCACAAGCAGCGGGAAGAGGAGCUGAUCCUGAAGAUCCAUAAGCUGGUGCAGAAGAGGGAUUUCCUGGUCGAUGAUGCUGAGGUGGAGAGAUUAAGGGAGCGAGAGGAGGACAAGGAGAUGGCUGAGUUUCUCAGACUGAAGCUGAUGCCUCUGGAGAAGAAGCUUAAAGUCACACAACAUCCUCCAAAACCCAAGAGACAAAUCCUGGAGCCGCCUCCCAACAAACCAUCCAUCACCAAGUCAGGAGUGGCCAUCAUUAAGGAUUGCUGUGGAGCCACCCAGUGUGCCGUCAUGUAAACUGACACAGACCUCUUUACGACCCCUGCCCCCGUGUCAGAACCUACACACUCGCGUCACGUGACAUGCCAUACAUCAUUUCCUGUGACUCAGAGGACCUCAGUUAGUUGUGUAUCCCCUCGAAACUGUUCAGGAAUCAGGAUCCUUAUUUGAGUUUCAUCCACCUGGUUUCAGCAAAGAGUUUGGAAACUGAUCCCUAAUCAGUACUCGAGGGGAACAGUAAGAAAGGUUCUGUAAGCUCGUCCAUGGUGUUUAUGAAGGAAAGAGAACUGUAAAUAAAAAUCUGAUAAAUAUAUAUGUCUUAAAUGAGUCAGAUUGGGUCAUUCCAUCAUGUAACAUUCCUUUGAGAUGAAAAUAUGGUCUAUGAUCAUGUGGUUGAUAGACAGUGCGAGCAUUUAUAGAACCACAAGCACAAUGUCCACACAGUGAGGUGUAAAUGUUGAGGUUCUCUGUCUGACAGGAAAAACACAUCUGUUAUCGUCCCGCCAUGUUUGACAACGGGUAUUUAUUCUUUCAUUUCAGGUCUUUAACACCAACCAGUGAACCUCUUUCACUUUCAGGAGACCCACAACUCUACGUUUUUAAUCAUUGAUCGCAGGUGUGACGAGCACGCGUGGUUCAAACUAACACUAUGGCUGCCGAAUAAGAGUGAGAGUUGGUGGAUGCUUUUGUACUGGAGCUGAACAAUAUUUUUAAGUCCAUCCUUUGCCCAGUUUAGAAGUUUAAUUCUCUUAUCUGUGUCACUGAAAAUACAAAACCCACACAGAAAUACUUGCUACAAAGCUGGGUCAUAUUAGACUGAAUGCUAAUAAAUCACAUUAGCCUGCUUUAAAAGAAAUCUGAAAAGCAAAUGUAAAUGUUCAAAGCAACGUGAGACAAUAAACAGAACUUCAGAGAGGCCAAAUCGUCCUUCAUGUUACUUAAAAAUGCACAAACUGCAUAGACAAAAACAAACAGUGGGAGUAAGAUGAAGGAAUAUGCGGACAUAUGCAGUGCUGUAUACGGUGGUGUUUCUGAUGGAUCUUCUCAGGUAGUGAACGAUGCACACCCCAGGAAAGGUUCCCUGUUUCUUUUUAGAUAAAACAUGGUAUGAUCAUUUAAGUCUAAAUAUUGUGAAUUUUGUGCCUGUUAGUCCAAACCCACCACGCCUGUACAAUAAUGCGUCAAUCAUAUACUUGCAGUAAAUCCAGUGAUACUGCAUUGAGGUCUGAUUUCAUUUUUAUGUAGGCUCAAAAAGGCAGACGGCUGCAAUUCUGAGAUUUGUUUCAAAAUAUAUUAAAUAUGUUGGAAAAUAGUUGCUGAAAACGUGAAAAGACUUUGAACAAUACAUUACUGAAAAGUAGAGUUAAAGGUUAAAACUGUUUAUCACCAGUUUUCAGUCCAGGAUUUCUUGGGCGGUCUUAAAAGGGAGGCUCGAUGACACGCUGAGGCCACCCUGAGCAUACCACUGCACCCCUCGCAGAGAUAGAUUAAUUCAUCUCGCUCAGUGUUCAAAAUUGCUGCUUGAGUGGGCGUGGCACCUUUAGCGGACACGCCCACACAGUCAUGGAGCUGAGACGACUGCUCAUUUCUACACCUAAUUUCAUAGAUUUAUCGAUAUUGUAAUUAUUCAAAUUUGACUGGGUGGUUAAAAACACUUUCAUCUCUAGCUGACAAACUCAGAACCAGGCUUCAAGUCUCCAGACUUUUGCAUUUCUCUUCAUAAAGGCCAACACUAACUAGCAUGCAACCUCAUCUGACCCACUUUUGUAACAGUGUUCCUGCCAAUGACGUUUCAUAAUUUUGGUUAACUCCUGUAAAUGCAACACAUACUCAUCAUUUUAUCCAAGUUUUGUGAUCCACUCUACUUAUUACUCAUUCCCCACAGUCACAUCAUCUCAGACAACAGCUACUGGGAGUUACGGACUGCGGUAAUAUGACAUCAUUCAUAGAUAUUAUGGAUAUUGCUGACAAACAACUUGCAUCCUCUGAAUUUAAUCUUGCGUUUUUAAAUGAUAAAACACCAGGAAACGAAUGCAAUUUUCUUGUAAAUGCCUCCAAUAGACGGUGUAUGUUUGAGUGUAUUUAGGACAUUAGUGACUCAUGUCAAGCAAAGUGUUGCCCUUUGUCACUUUACCUUCCUUCUGAUAACUUGGCGUUCUUGUAGUAGUAGUGAAUUUAUGAAGGUCCUAAUGUUGAAUUAUUGAACAAAUAUGCAGAAAAUAAGCUGAAACUACCUGUACAUAUAUGUUUAAAUAAAGAGCAUCUUUCAGGA